CCUAACUCCUCAAUCGCACGCCCACCCCCGCGUCAUUUUGGUUUCACCCCCCACCUCCUCUCUCUCUCUCUCUCUCUCUCUCUCUCUCUCUCUCUUUGUGUGCGCCAUUAGAGAUGGAGAUCAACGAAGAGGCCAUGGCCGCUCACAAGCGGGCAUUUUUGGAUUUCCUGGAUCAAGAUGUGGGCAAGGGUUUCUACAUGAAAUCCCUGAGGGACAUGAUCCAGAACAAGCGCCACCGCCUCAUCAUCGGGAUCGACGACCUCCGCAACUACAGCCUCGAUCUCGCCCGAAGGUUGAUUCGUAAUCCUGCGGAGUACAUGCAACCGAUCUCUGAUGCUUUGACCGAGGUCACACGGAAUUUGGAUCCAAAGUACCUCAAGGAAGGGGAGCGUGUCCUCGUGGGAUUUAGUGGUCCUUUUGGGUUCCACAAGGUCACUCCGAGGGAUCUCAUGUCGAGCUUCAUCGGCUCCAUGGUCUGCGUUGAAGGAAUCGUCACUAAGUGCUCUCUUGUAAGGCCAAAGGUUGUCAAAAGCGUUCACUAUUGCCCUACAACAGAGCAAUUCACAUCUCGCGAGUAUAGAGAUAUCACGUCUUUGGUGGGCUUGCCAACAGGCUCUGUGUAUCCAACAAGGGAUGACAAUGGGAACUUGUUGGUGACUGAAUACGGAUUAUGUAAAUACAAGGACCACCAGACGCUAUCGAUGCAAGAAGUGCCCGAAAAUUCUUUACCUGGCCAGCUUCCAAGAACAGUGGAUGUUAUCAUAGAAGAUGAUCUGGUGGAUUCUUGUAAGCCUGGAGACCGUCUAUCAAUAGUCGGGAUUUAUAAGGCUUUUCCUGGAAAAACCAAGGGCAGUGUGAAUGGCGUAUUCAGGACUGUUCUUAUAGCGAAUAAUGUCUCUCUUCUAAACAAGGAGGCGAAUGCACCUAUUUAUUCUUUGGAAGACCUAAAGAGAAUGAAAGAAAUAGCCAAGAGAAACGAUACAUUUGAUUUACUAGGAAAUUCACUUGCCCCUUCCAUAUACGGCCAACUGUGGAUUAAAAAGGCGGUGAUACUAUUAAUGCUUGGUGGUGUCGAAAAGAAUCUGAAGAAUGGAACUCACUUAAGAGGUGAUAUAAACAUGAUGAUGGUUGGCGAUCCUUCAGUCGCCAAAUCCCAGCUCUUAAGAGCAGUCAUGAACAUUGCCCCAUUGGCUAUCUCAACCACCGGGCGAGGUUCCUCUGGUGUUGGAUUAACAGCUGCUGUUACUUCCGACCAAGAGACUGGUGAAAGAAGGCUUGAAGCUGGUGCGAUGGUGCUUGCUGAUCGAGGUGUUGUUUGUAUUGAUGAAUUUGAUAAGAUGAAUGAUCUAGAUCGCGUCGCCAUACAUGAAGUCAUGGAGCAGCAGACUGUAACUAUUGCGAAGGCUGGAAUUCAUGCAUCACUCAAUGCUAGAUGCAGUGUGAUUGCUGCUGCAAACCCUAUUUAUGGAACUUACGAUCGCUCACUGACGCCAACAAAGAACAUUGGACUUCCAGAUUCGUUACUCUCCCGUUUUGAUCUGCUUUUCAUUGUUCUUGAUCAAAUGGACCCUGAAAUUGACCGGCAAAUUUCAGAGCAUGUCUCUCGUAUGCAUAGAUAUUGUGCAGAUGAUAGGGGAAUUGGGUCCCUUGAUAAAACUUCAAGAUAUACGGAAGAAGAUGACGGUGAUGCCAAUGCACCCAUUUUUGUGAAAUAUGAUAGGGUGCUUCAUGGGCAGAAAAGGAAAAGGGGUAAGAAGGAUAAACAUGAGAUGCUUACCAUCAAAUUCUUGAAGAAGUACAUCCAUUAUGCCAAGAAUAGGAUUCAACCGAAGCUCACGGAUGAGGCAUCUGAUCAUAUUGCAACUUCAUAUGCCGAACUUAGGGAUGCUGGUGCCACUGCAAGGUCUGGAGGAGGCACCCUACCAAUUACAGCAAGAACCUUAGAGACCAUCAUUCGCCUCUCCACUGCUCACGCCAAAAUGAAGUUGAGAAAUGAGGUUCUGAUGACUGAUGUAGAAGCUGCUCUGCAAGUUCUAAAUUUUGCUAUAUACCACAAAGAGCUGACUGAGAUGGAAGAGCGUGAGCAAAGAGAGUUGGAGCUGAAGCAGAAAGCAGAUCAUGAUGCUCAUGAGAGUGGUGGAAAUGCUGGUGGAAGCGCGGGAGGCGACCCAAUGGAGGUGGAUGUGGACCAUGUUUCAGAUCAUGAGGAUUUAUCUGCAGAGAGAAUUGAAACUUUCGAGUCCAUAUUGGGUCAGCAUGUUUUGGCUAACCACUUGGAUCAAAUAUCAAUUUCUGAGAUAGAGCAAUUGGUUAACAGAGAAGCUGCAGCACCUUAUACAAGACGCCAAGUUCAGUCCAUCUUGGAGAGAAUGCAGGAUUCUAAUAGAAUAAUGAUAAGGGACGGAAUAGUCCGAAUCAUCUAAUCAGCUAUGAGAAUCAGCAUUUCUGGAGGUUGAACUGGGCUCCCUUAGAAUUUCUCCUUAUGUUAAAGAUUGCAAGUUCUCUAUUAUUACCGCCCACCUCUCAAUGGCAGAUCCAGCGAACUAUCAAUGAUCCCUGUAUGGAGCUCCAUCUUACACUGGAACUUGCUUCACAGGGUUGUGGUGGGAAGAUGUAAUGCAGAUGAUGCUAUUGUUUCCGGCAUAAAGCUACUCAGAAGAGCAUAGCAAAUGUGUUAUUUUAAGCCAUUUGUUUCACAGACCAAAAGCACUGAAACUUCUGCUGUAAUGUAUUUUAAAGUUCUGUGUGUUUUUUAUCUAAUGCUAUAACAAUUGUCAGUUUGAGGGGUAAGUCAGCUAUAAUUUAUUCUGUCAAGCAGCAA